GUAAACACAGAGUGGAUACAGCACACGAAUAAUGAAGAUGAUGAUGAUGAGCGGCUCUGCACAGCAGAGACGCCCACGUUGCGUGAAGACGCACAGACUAUGAAACCUUAGCGUCCUCUCCUCCAACCUUCAGUGCAACUAACACUUGGACUGGAAUACACGACAUAAACCACACCGAGGGCUUUUUUUUUAAUCUUUGCAAGAGCGGUGGAGUUAUCCAAAAGGGAAACGAAGCAGUUUCCUUCGAAAACAUCUUGGAUUAUUGCUGGUUAUCUACAGGGACUUAUUUUGCUUUUUCAGCUGGACUGUGACGGACAUUUCUAAUGUUAAGAGCCUCUUAAGUAUGGACCGCAUGAGCCUCAGUGUUCAGUCAUGUUGUCUUUGAGCCGCUGGAACUCUACGUUUUCAUCGCUCAUUCCUCACUUCUCCAAUGUCAGCGAUGGGAAAGUGGAGGCCAGGGUGGCUUUCGAGGAGAUGUCACAGCAGGCAAACCUCACCACUAGCGGCAUCAUGGUGGUGGUGUUCCCCAUGACACUGGGCAUCGUCUCCAACAUUGUGGCUCUCGUCAUCCUAGCCAACGCGUACUCCCUCCAGCGUCGGCGCUCCAAAGCCACCUUCCUCCUGUUUGCCACCUCCCUGGUGGUGACAGACUUCAUCGGUCAUGUCAUCCCUGGUGCCCUGGUUCUGAGACUCUACCUGUCUGGAGGUGCACGCCCUGAGGACUACAGUUCAUCUGAUGGAAUGUGCCAGUUCCUGGGAGGGAGCAUGGUGUUCUUCGGCCUUUGUCCGCUCUUCAUGGGUUGUGCCAUGGCUGCAGAGCGUUGUCUGGGUGUCACCAAGCCACUGCUGCACUCCUCCUUGAUCACAAGCACCCGCACUAAAAUGUGCCUGUGUGUGAUUUGGCUGGCCGCUCUGUGUGUGGCCUUGUUGCCAUUCUUGAAACUGGGCUCUUACACCUACCAGGACCCGGGAACCUGGUGUUUCAUUAAAGUUCUCAGCAACAUUCAGCAGGUGGAUGUGGCGUUCGUGGUGCUUUUCUCUGGGCUCGGCUUGAUCUCCCUGGCCGUGGCGGUGGUGUGCAACACCAUCAGCGGACUGACACUGGUGCUCGCUCGGCUCAGGAGGAAGCCUGGGUCGCAUCAUUCAGCCAAGUCACAUGACAUAGAGAUGGUGGUGCAGCUGGUGGGGAUCACAGUUACUUCGUGUAUCUGCUGGUGCCCUCUACUGAUCUUCGGCCUGAUGUCCGCGAUCCACUCCUACGCAGGAUCCAUCAGAGAGGACCUACCCAGCUACAAAAUGUUGAUGGUGAUUGGUGUGAGACUGGCCACGUGGAACCAGAUCCUGGACCCUUGGGUUUACAUCUUGCUGCGCCGCACCGUGCUACGGAAAAUUUACCUCAUUGCAAAAUGCCAAGCUGGCCUGGGGGGUAAUAUAUUUGGCUGCUUGGACUCUGCAUCUCCCCCCCAAUCAGAAAAGAAUGAAGAGCUAUAGACUUCUUAUCAAAGAAGGACGACAAAGAGUUAUUUCUGGGCUGUUUUCUGAAUAUGAGGAAAUAUGUAACUCGUAUCUUUGUAACAUUACAUUAUUUUCUCACCUAACAAAUGGAAGCUAGCUAAAUGCUGUGAUUUUGCACAAAACUUCAUGAAUAUGUAUAUGAUACUGUUUACUUUGGAGUGCUUAUUUCAUGUUGGGACAACAGAAUGUGAAUGUGCUGUGAAACAUCUUCUAUCCUGACACAUUCAAAGCAAACAUUUAGAAGAAUAACAUGUUGAGCCUACUUUUUGCAUUGGAUGAAUGUAAAACAAAUGGUAUUGGUUAAAGCCUCACAGAGAGCUUAUGAGUAAAUACUAAUGUAUCAUGAUGGAAUAGCCAUGCUCCGUUACUGCACAUUGAAUGAUUGUCUGCAUGACGGGCUGUUGUGAAAGUUGACUCUGGAAAGGACAUGCAGAUAAUUUUUAAAUGACUACAAGUAAAAGCCAUGGAUUGUGACUAAUAUUUUGUGCGAGUACUUUUACUAGUCAUUUGGCCAGAGUUUUGCAACAUAAAGGAGACGUAUGUAAUUAUAAUAAAGACGGAAUUAAUUAAGCAGCCUUACUAUAAUUAGUGAGAGGAGCUCGAUUUUAAGGACUCGGGCUUUGAAGGUCACACUUGUAGUUCAAGAACUGCAGACCAAAAAGAAUAGCAGCUAGUUGUUUGAGAGAUGCUCCCCAUCCAUGUUAGUCAGUGUGCUCAUUCAUCUGAAUCUACACCAAAAUGUAUUUUUUUCUGGCCCAAC